AUGAGUAGUGGUAAUAUUGUCAGUGAAGAGAUUAAUUCGGUUGUUGCUGAUGGUGUUGUGGUUGUUGAAAGUGGUGAUAAUAAGGGUCUUUUUGACUUAGGCGCUAAGUGGCAAGAUGAGGAAUAUAAAGAGAGGGUUCAGAAGCCAGUGCUGGCUGAAGAUGUUCUUGUGAGGAUCAAUGAUAUUACUGAGAUAAUGAAAAGUGAUUCCGAAGAGACAGUGAACUCAUCUGGUCGUAAUAACGAUGAGGGAGAUUUAGAUGAUAGAAUGGAUUGGGAUCAGCUAUACGAGGUUUCUGCCAAUAUUAUGGAUGAGUACACUAAGGAGGUUGAUAUAAUAUUAAGCAACCUUAAUAAGUUAUCCAAAAGUCAAUACUUAUGGCAAGAGGCUGCUUUUGUUCUUGACUCUCAUCAUGGUGCCAUGGUUUUCAAUAGAUCAAAAGAUUGGGUCAAUGCAAAGGAACGUCAUCUUGAUUUCAAACGUAAAGAACUCGACCAAUCCGCAGAUGUGAUCAAGAAAACAAUCGAGAGACUCACAAAGGGCCAGUGA